GCUGGCGCACUCAUCCAGUUCAACGGUCUCGUGCAGGUCUCCAAGCAACCCAGCUGGAUGACUUGGAUGGGGUUGUGCUUGUUCCGAUGGAUGAGGAUGAUGUCAGUAUUGACGAUAUGAAGCCUCCGCCUUUGCCAGACCUUCAGGUGCAAGACAAGCAGGAGGGUCCGCGAAAGUUUCCUGCGUUGGAUGGCAUGGGGUCCUCCUCUCCCAGGAUUGCCAAGAUGCCGAAUGCUGAGGGGCUUGAAGAUGGAAAGCGUUCGUUGACUGGAGAAGUUAUCGCUACUCCUGGGAUGGAGUUGUCACUGCCGAAGAGCACAGCCAAAGCUGGCAAGAACAAGCGCUGGCUGAAAGGUCGAGGUGCAACCAAGCGACGGAAGUUGGAGGAAAACUCCCGAUUAGAAAAGUGGCUGGAACAGAAUGGCGUCUGGCUGUCUGAGACAGCAUCUUGGGGCCAACCCGCUGCAGGUGUGUCAAUGGCUGUAGAGACGCGGGAGCAAACCGAGAACGAGGUCUCAGGCCGCGGUUUGGUCGCUCGCCGUGAUAUUGAACAGUACGAGGAUUUGGCACGGGUUCCGCAGAAGCUUCUCUUGACCAAGGAGCAGUCUCGCGAAAUCUUUGGUGAAGAAUGCAUCUCUUCAAGCAUGAGUGAGUACCCUGCUAUCGCACUGCAGCUGAUUCACGAGAAGUUUGUAAUGAAGGAAGAAUCUUUCUGGGCACCCUACAUAUCUGUGCUGCCCUCUACUGAAGAGAUAGGGGCCUCCUUCUCCUGGCCAGAUGAGGAGUUGGACACGCUCUUGAACGGCAGCAUCUCCCGAAACAUGUCCAUCUAUCUGAAAGAUCAAGUGAGGGAAGAGUUUGAAAAGUUCCAGGCCACAAUCUUUCAGAAGUUCCCGGACAAGUUCCCUUCGGAUGCAUUCACCCAUGAGAAUUAUGUGUGGGCCUAUGCGGUUCUGUUUAGCCGAGCAGUUCGUCUUGACUUUCCUGACGGACCCGACGAGGAGGACAUGGUAGCAUUGGUUCCCUACAUCGAUCUCAUCAAUCACAACCCGAAUUCUGAAUCCAGAAUACGAGGGGUCAGUGAAGGUGCCGAUGUCCCUGGGAUAUCUUCCACCGAGAGAUAUGUGGUCGUGAGAUCUGAUAGGUAUUAUAACAAAUACGAACAGAUCUAUAUCUCCUACGGCAGGAAAUCUAAUGCCCAGCUGCUUAUGCUGUACGGCUUCAGCAUGGAGAGGAACACUCAGGACUUUGUGACAAUCUCUGCAGGGCAAUUGAUGGAAACCAGCCCAUUUGCCGAUGUGAAGAAGAAGAUUCUAGAAGAGUUAGAGGUCCCACCGGAGGGAGUCUUCCCGCUUUAUCGGGAUCGUUUCACGGGCGAGAUGAUGAUGUACCUAAGGCUUGCAAUCCUGCAGCCGGCAGAUCUUGACCUAGAUGAUGAUGCCAGCCCAAACCAGGUGUACAAGGCAUUGAAGCAGCUGGACAUCAAGAGGGCCACCGGGGAGGUCAGCGAACGUGGUGCGCUGAUCUGCUUGAGAGGCAUCAUACAGGAGCUACAAGAUGCUUAUCCUACAACGCUUCAAGAGGAUGAGGCAUUAAUUCGGGAUAGGCAGAUGUUUGAACUUCUUCCCAAGAACCAGCGGAAUGCCUUACGUGUCAGGUACGGCGAGAAGUUGAUCUUCCGUGCAUCUCUCGCCACCAUUGACCGCACCCUCAACAACUUGCCGAGGCUUGGGCAGUUGGAGAAGGAGAAGGCCAAGAGAUACCAGGAGAUGGAGAACUCCGCCUUCGGACGUCUCAGCGUGAGGUUCGAGUCACCUUUCAAGGCACGCAAUCUGGAGGAACUCAUGAAGGAGCUGGACAUUUGA